CCCCCUUAAAAAAUAUAAACAAACUUUCUAAAAUUCACAAAAUCUUAAUUUUACUACAUUAAAACACAUUUUACCAUGCCAAAAAUAAGACGUAGUAAGAAGAAACCACCAGAAGGAUGGGAUUUAAUCGAAGAAACACUGGAAAGUAUGGAACAAAAGAUGAGAGAAGCUGAAACGGAACCACAUGAAGGCAAACGAAUCAAUGAAUCACUCUGGCCCAUCUUUAAGAUUCACCAUCAAAAGACUAGAUAUAUUUAUGACAUGUAUGCACGAAGAAAAAUCAUAUCCAGAGAACUUUAUGAUUAUUGCCUGAAAGAAAGAAUCGCAGAUGCAGCUUUAAUAGCUAAAUGGAAGAAAUCAGGAUAUGAGAAUCUGUGUUGUCUCCGUUGCAUUCAAACACGUGACACAAAUUUCGGUACGAAUUGUAUUUGCAGAGUUCCAAAAUCGAAGCUGGAGGAAGGAAAGAUUGUGGAAUGUGUGCAUUGUGGAUGUCGCGGAUGCUCUGGAUAGAUUAAGAAUGGC